AAUUGCAAAUGCUAAUCGUCUAGGUUUCGAGAUUGUCAUUCUGCUGGGAGCAGCGAAACAGAGCGAAACUGUGUCGGAAAUGUCGCCUCACUCGUGUCAUGUGCAAAUUGUGGCAAGUCUGAGCCUACUGCUCAUGGGGCUGGGGGUUUGCCACAGUGCCACAUUGCAGCGGUUACGCAUUCAGCGGGACACACGCAACAUUCCCUCGAAUAUGUUUAAGCCUAUAGAAACUGCGACACAAACUUCUGCUCAGAAUUACCCAGAAACUACGAGCGACUUUGCACUCUCUCAGCACUCGACCGCCAACUCUUCACGCCAUUCGGGUGAGGACUAUGACUCUGAUAGAUAUGGCAGCUCGAUUCCAGUCGAUUCGAGAAUACCCGAUCGGUUUAGAGGUCCUACAAGUCAUUCAUUCCACGCAGGCUUCCGUUCGACGAAUUACAAUGAUAUAUAUAAUGAUGAUCCGUCGGACUUUCGUCGUGGUAAUAUCAGACCGCCUACAUUCUCUCGUUCUUCGGGCUUCCCUGACAGAGGAUUCAAUGGACCAGACUAUUCGUCAAUACCCUUGAGCAUUCAGACGAGACCUCCCAGCAGCGAUUUUCCGGAACAUUUUCCCAGAUUUAGUGGACCCGGUGGCUCCUCCAAUCAUAACUUCUAUCGUUCUGAAUCGUAUAGCUACAGUUCAGAUGGCAUGGGAGCCCCCCACAUUCAGCGAAGUGUGUUCGACUCUCGCUUGGGACCUGGCAUAAAUACUGCAGUUUUUUAGAACUUACAACUUCCUAGACCAUUGGUGAGCAUAGCAGAAAUUAACGCUGAAUAUGUUCAAUUCUACUUUGUAAAUAGAUUAGCUGAUAGAUUUAGCUGUUAUUGUUAGCUUGCAUUUUUCCCAUUUCUGUAAUUAUUGACGCCGUAGUUCAGUCUGGAAAAAAUAAGCUAUGCGUCUGACCAGGAAAUAGUUCAGCAUAUAUGGUAUAUAUGGUAUAUAUAUAUAUAGGAUAUGUUUACAAAUUGCAUUUAAAAUGUUUUUCAAUAUAUUUGUAUGUUAAUAAACUGUAAUUAUUGAAUACCUA